AUGGUUAUUUCCCUUAUUAACAGUAUUGUCUUGGUAAUUGUUACACAGCCAAGGCAUUAAUUAAUGUAAACGUGAAUAUCAACCUCUGUUUGUUUGAAAGGAUAUGCGCAUCGACGGAGCAAGUAUAUAUUUGUGUUUUAAUUCAAAGUGAAUUGCUGGCAGUGGCACAUUGAUCUUGUCGAUGAUGAAGUAUGCAAAUAUCAAAGGUUUAUACAAUGGAUGCAUCGCCAGAAAGCAUCACUUCCGGACCGGCAACUGAUCUUGCGCGGCAAGUGCUUAGAGACGAGCGUAACUUCAUAUUGAGCGUCUCGGAAUUCUUCAACAAAUCCGACCUGAGUGACGUUAAAAUCAAAGUGGGUGAGAACAGUUACCAUGGCCACAAGUUUGUCCUCGCGAAAUCUAGUGACGUCUUCCGUACUAUGCUUUAUGACAAUCGCUGGUCGGAAGGAGAUGAAACGGACCUCAUUUUGACCGAGAGUGAAGAGUGCCAAUCGGUGUUUGAACUUUUUCUCAAAUUCAUGUAUACAGCGGAAGUGUCGAUAUCCGUGGACACGGCCGUGGGUAUUUUAUGCCUGGCUGACAAGUACAAUGUGACGUCACUGAAAGCGUUGUGCGUUGGGUACAUGGUCCAGAACACCAAAUCCCCUAAGGUGCACAACGCUCUUCAGUGGUAUAACUGGUCAAAGGCUCUGAACCUGAGUCCCCUGGUGGAGUCAUGCACGAAAACAAUCGCGUGGAAUAUGGACGCAAUUCUUGGAACACCGGAGUGGAAUACCAUGGACCUGCAUUUCAUUCAAGACAUUCUGAAAAACUCCGGGCUGGUCGUCGCGAACGAGUUCACUCUCUUUACCGGCCUCGCUGCGUGGCUGUUAUGUGAAAACCACCACGCGGAACUUCGCACCAACGCGCAGACGCUCCUUCCGCUGAUCCGGUUUCCGCAGAUGCUUGUCAGCCAGCUAUAUACAAUCGAACAAUCGCGUCUGUUCGAAAUGGACGAGACCACGCCUGUUUUGAAGGAUCUCGUGAACAAGGCGUACCGCUUCCGGUCGCUGUGCCCUACGCAGACGUCACUUGACGUCUCUUUUGACGUGGAUUUCUACAAGCCCCGCAACUACAUGGAUCUGGCGGUGGACUCUGUCAUGAUGCAGAACUCGCUGCGGUUCGGAAUCCAAGUCGACGUGAAAACCUACUCCGGUCCCGUGGUAACGGAGGUCCGGAACGGCGAGUGGAAAAUCACCUACCGGAAACACGAAAACGUCUGGAACGUGAAUCUGUUCUGUCACGAUUCGGCGACAAUCAACGGCGAGGCGUUCAUCGAAGUGAGUGUGAUUAUUUAUAACGAGGGGGAGAAGGUGAUUCAGGUCGAGAUGAUUCCCGCUACUAAGUGCACGCGUACCAACAAUCUCUGUAUCAACGUCGAAGUGAAGGACCCCGCAGAGUCGAAAAUUAUGAUUCUCCUUAUUAAGCCAGUGCCGCAUUAAGGAUGACGACAUCUUGAGUAAUACUUUAUACAUGUAAUCAAAAACAGGUGCAAUGCACUUGUGUAUCAUUGUCGCCAAUAAACGACAAUAAAUGACA